AUGCAAUCUAAGCUGUCGAGGCUUGUGAGCAGUGCAUACAAGAAGGAGAGCAGCAACAAUGCAAGGUUCUCGAAGGCAUUCUUUAAGGUGCUCAAGGAGGCCAUGCUCCUAAGGCAGAAUGCUCUAUCUAAGAAGGGGAAGAAUAGGACUGUCACAUUCUUUCAGACAAACACACAUCGUGUGGAUGAUGCAAUACCUGGAAUUCAUGAACAAAAGUAUGUAGAAUCUAUACAGAAACUAGAGGUGAUGCUGAAUGAUAAGAAUGAACCACCAAUGUUCUUGAGGUUUUACUUCCCCGAUCUAUAUCAGAUGGUUCUACAGGAUCCAACAAAGACUGUAUAUGAGAAUGAGAACAAGAGAGAAUUCCUCCUGAUUCAAAAGAGGAUUAUAGAUGAGUUGGAUGAGAGAGACAAGCUUGUGUUGAAGGCUUGGACCUAUAAUGGGAACAAUGCCAUCAAUAGAUUGUUGACAUACCUGUUUGAUACAAAAUGCAUCAAGAUGUUUAAAUUGGAACUGAAGCAAGAAGACAUAGAUGGUGCCAUAGCCUAUUUCUGCAAUAUAAAGAUAUUGAAAAGGCUUGGAUACUUUGAGGGAAUGGAUGAUCCAAUAGAGGCCUUGAAAGCAAACAACUACAGCCAACUGCAAGAGAUCAUGACAUCAUACAUAUCUGAUCUGUACAGGAUAGCAGAUGUUGUAAAGAGCAGAACACUACAGAGGACAGACAGACAAGAACAAAUGUCAAAAGAAAGAUUAUGA